AUGGAGGGCAAUCCGCACCCAGUACCUCGAACAGUGGAGGAAGUCUUCAGCGACUUCAGAGGCAGACGCGCCGGCUUGAUUAAGGCCCUCACCAGUGACGUUCAGAAGUUUUAUCAAGAGUGCGAUCCUGAGAAGGAGAAUCUGUGUCUGUAUGGACUGCCAAAUGAGGCAUGGGAAGUUAACCUGCCUGUUGAGGAGGUGCCUCCUGAGCUUCCCGAGCCAGCAUUAGGCAUAAACUUUGCUAGGGAUGGGAUGCAGGAGAAGGACUGGCUAUCACUGGUUGCAGUUCAUAGCGAUUCAUGGUUGCUUGCAGUUGCAUUUUACUUUGGUGCACGAUUUGGGUUUGGUAAGAAUGAAAGGAAAAGGCUUUUUCAGAUGAUAAAUGAUCUCCCCACCAUAUUUGAAGUUGUGACAGGAAAUGCUAAGCAACCAAAAGACCAGUCUGCUCCUCACAACAACAGUAGCAAGAACAAAUCUAGUGGAAAGGUGUUAAUCCUAGCUCUUGCUUAUUUUGGUGCUGCCUUAAAGCAGUCUCGGCAGUCUGAGCUCCCCCAAAGCAAAGGAGUAAAGAUGUCUCCGCUGCCCAAAGAAGAGGAGGAAAGCGGGGAGGAAGAAGAAGAAGAUGAUGAACAAGGUGCGACUUGCGGGGCAUGUGGAGACAACUAUGGUGCUGAUGAGUUCUGGAUUUGCUGUGAUGUGUGUGAGAGAUGGUUCCAUGGAAAAUGUGUAAAGAUUACACCCGCAAAGGCUGAGCAUAUCAAGCAGUACAAGUGCCCAGGUUGCAGUAGCAAAAGGGCUAGAGUUUAA